GCCCGGGCACCUGCGGGCGGCGGCGCGCUCUCCUGGCCAUGUCGGAGCCUCUGCCCGCCUUCCUCGACCGGCUGUGGGGGCCCUGGCUGGGUACUCGGACCCCCCCUGUGCGGGGGCUCAGCGUCGCCUCCCCUUCCAAGAGUUUUCUUGGAGGCUUUUUUGGACCCAUCUGUGAGAUCGAUGUUGUCCUUAAUGAUGGAGAAACCAGGAAAAUGGCUGAAAUGAAAACUGAAGAUGGCAAAGUAGAAAAACACUAUCUUUUUUAUGACGGAGAAUCUGUUUCAGGAAAGGUAAACCUAGCCUUUAAGCAACCUGGAAAGAGGCUAGAGCACCAAGGAAUUAGAAUUGAAUUUUUAGGUCAAAUUGAACUUUUCAAUGACAAGAGUAAUACUCAUGAAUUUGUAAACCUAGUGAAAGAACUAGCCUUGCCUGGAGAAUUAACUCAGAGCAGAAGUUAUGAUUUUGAAUUUAUGCAAGUUGAAAAGCCGUAUGAAUCUUACAUCGGUGCCAAUGUCCGCUUGAGGUAUUUUCUUAAAGUGACAAUAGUAAGAAGACUGACAGAUUUGAUAAAAGAAUAUGAUCUUAUUGUUCACCAGCUUGCCACAUAUCCUGAUGUUAACAACUCCAUUAAGAUGGAAGUGGGCAUUGAAGAUUGUCUACACAUAGAAUUUGAAUAUAAUAAAUCAAAGUAUCAUCUAAAGGAUGUGAUUGUUGGAAAAAUUUACUUUUUAUUAGUAAGAAUAAAAAUCCAACAUAUGGAGUUGCAACUGAUCAAAAAAGAGAUCACAGGAAUUGGACCCAGUACCACCACAGAAACAGAAACAAUUGCUAAAUAUGAAAUAAUGGAUGGUGCACCAGUAAAAGGUGAAUCAAUUCCAAUAAGACUGUUUUUAGCGGGAUAUGACCCAACUCCAACAAUGAGAGAUGUGAACAAAAAAUUUUCAGUAAGGUACUUUUUGAAUCUAGUCCUUGUUGAUGAGGAAGACAGAAGGUACUUCAAGCAGCAGGAGAUCAUUUUAUGGAGAAAAGCUCCUGAAAAAUUGAGGAAACAGAGAACAAACUUUCACCAGCGAUUUGAAUCACCAGAAUCACAGGCAUCUGCUGAACAGCCUGAAAUGUGAACUGAAUAGGAGAAAAAAAGAAAAACAAAAAACUCCUAUAUCCAUUGAGAUUAAGUUCAGCGGGUUAAAGAUGGUUGCAGCUUGUAGUGGGGGAAAAGGCCAAAACUCCAUUUAUAAUAGUCUUCCUUUAUCUUACAGUGCUGCAUUUAUUUUAUGAUACAACUAAAUGUUCUUCAUGUAUAUACAUUAAAAAAAGCGCUUUCUUUGAAACACUGGAACUUUCUUAAGCUGCCGUUUUUUCUUUCUUGUCUUUUUUUUUUUACUGCACACUUUGACCUGAUAAUAAGCACUCAGAUACGCAUAAACAUAAACAUUAAAGAUUUUCAUGUGAGUAGGCUGGUAUUUGUAAUUUCGCUUUUCUUAGUAAUGUUGAUUAUAAAUACUUUUCUCCUUUUUCAUGCUAAUAAUUACCUCUUAUUCUCUACAUGCAAAAAAUUAAGUAUUUCGUGUUCAAAUAAAAAUAGAAAAAUUGAAUGGGCCUUAAAUCCUGCAAAGAUUUAAAACAUGGCAUCUCAAUAUUUUUGAGGAAUACAUUUGUUUCUACAUGUGUGUUUGAGAAAUACCUAUGGAGUGUUUCACUGUAGGUGCUUUUGAUUCCACCAUUCCAUGGCUUCCUGAAUUGUAUCCUCUUUGAAGUCUUCUGUUUUGUGAAUGUUAAAAUUUUUCCCCGAGAUUAUGUGGCAUGUCACCGUGGCCUGCUUGCUUGCCCCUUCUUUCCUUCCUUCCUUCCUCCUUCCCUUCCUCCCUCCCUCCCUCCUUCUCUUCCUUUUCUCUUUCAUUCAUUCUUUUCUUUCUUUCUUUUUUGCCAUAUUAAGUAACUAUUUUGCUAUUACUAUCCAGCAGGUACCACUGUAUGUUUUCUGCAAUGUAGAGUUGACUCUGUUGGCAUUUUCGAAUUUGUUAAAACUAUAUCAUUUUUCUGUAACUACUUUGAAUUUUUUUUUUUUAAUUUAAGGCAUCUUUUUACCACAUACAUGAAAUUAUAAUUUUGUUGCCUUCACAAAUACUCUCUUCCCUUUCCAGGGGAAAGUUUGAGGAUGGGGAACUCAGGAAGACCUGUGAAGCAUGUAGUUAUCUAGAUCUGGACAAUUUCAUGUUUGUUAAACUGGAACUUUGGCUAGUUCAAACUCAAAUGUAAUUUCACCCACUCUGUUUAAAUUUUGUUAACACUAAAUUCAAGUCAUUUGUUCAAAGUUGUAAAAAGAAGGUUUUAGUCAUCUGUUCAUAUGCAUGGGGUCUGAUCUCAGAUACACUAAAUGUGGAGUGUAGGAACUAAAAUGAAGCCUGCUGUGUGAAACUACUUUCACUUAGGGUUCACUGGUUUUUGUACCAAUAUUUUUUUAUACACUUCAGCGCAAGUCUUGUCAGUUAACCUUACUUUAUGAGUAAGCUAAGUAACCCAAAUUACAUUUCUCUAAACCUGUUUACUACUAUGGCACUUUGAUAAAAUGGUCAGUAACCAACUUCUUUACUGGCAAAAGGUUCCAUGUACCAUGUGCUGGAGCAUCUAUUUUAAAUGUGGCUGUCUGUGAAUGGUAAUGUUUUCCUUCAUGUAAGUGCCUGUUCAGAGUUUCAAAAUUUAAAGAUGCCAGAUAUUUUCAUGGUCACUUGCAUGUAGUAAUCUAGAAAAUAUUCGAAGAAAUUUUGAAAACAAUUAUAUUUAACCAGCCUCAAAUUGUGCAACCAUGAUGUAUAAUAAAGAAUUUGAAAUGA